CUCAAACUCUCAACACAAAAGAAGAUAAGGAUUAAAGAAAGGUAGAAGGAAGAAGCAAGGAAGCUCAGACAGAGGAGCGCAGCAAUGGCAGCUUCAGUCAUGUCUUCUUUGAGUUUGAAACCGUCUCCAUUGAUUGAGAGAUCAGCCCCUAAAGGUCUCCCCUCCCUUGCAAGGUCUUCUUCUUCCUUGAGAAUUGAGGCCAGUGCUAAAAAGAUCAAGACUGAUAAACCAUAUGGGACUGGUGGUGGCAUGAACUUGAGGGAUGGUCUUGAUGCAUCAGGAAGGAAGCCAAAGGGGAAGGGUGUCUACCAAUUUGUUGACAAAUACGGUGCUAAUGUGGAUGGAUACAGUCCAAUCUACGACACUGAUGAUUGGUCACCCAGUGGAGAUGUCUAUGUUGGUGGUACCACUGGUUUAUUAAUAUGGGCUGUUACCCUUGCUGGCAUCUUAGGUGGGGGUGCCCUCCUUGUCUACUCCACAAGUGCUUUGAGUCAGUGAAGUGUUUCUAAUUUAUCUUCUAGCUAGUCUAGUUUCCUUAUAAAUUCUCUCCAAGUCAUGAACACUUUGUAAGACUCUCCUUUCCAUUUGAUGAUCAUAUGUAAUAUUUUGUUCAGAAUAUAAAAUCUUGUAUGUAAU